CCGUCAUAUGUUUACCUGUCUAGUUUAUCUGUCAUAAUUAUACAUUUUAUCGUCGAUUUGUUUCGUAUCCGAUGUUCGGCGUUUUAUCUGGUCGCAGGAUUAUCUUAAAUCGUGCGACGCAUUCGGAAAAUGCAGUGUUUCCCAUUUAAAAUGUACACAAAUAUCAAAUAGCAGAUGUCCUUUGAGCUGCAUUCAUUCUGACGUUAUUUGAUUUUACUCUGCACGUAGUUUUUUUUUUCGUUUGCUUCUACUCUUCAUAAUUUUCUUUGUAUAUUGUUUAAAAAAGGUCGUGGCGGUUGAAAUAUGUGGGUGAAACCGUCCGAGGUCCUGCUGGCGCACACCCUUUGGGAAACCGAGAAGGCAUCCAUCUAUUUCAUACUGCAACACCGCAAAGGCCAUGGCAACUCCAGAGGCCUGUCAUCACUGCUUGUUGGCACCAUGGACAGUAUUUUUGAUACCAAGCCACCACCGUAUCGCAUCCUCCAUCAGACACCAACCUCAGAAGUUUAUUAUCAAAUAGCAUGUUCAAUGACACAGCAGGAGAUAUUAGCCGAUUGGGAAUGGCUUUUGGCUAACGUCUCCGAAACGCUGGGAUCUUUCGAUAAAGAGGACGACAUCACGGAUUUUGUCAAAUGCAAAGUGGAAUCUGUCCUGGCCACAACGCAGGAAGGUCACGAAGUAGAUGAUGAAGACACGAAGCGAUUCAAGGCCACCGCCGAUAAAUUCAGCCGGAUCUUCUGUAUCGGUCGUGAGGAGAAGCUUGUGAAUUACUAUUCAUGCAGCUUUUGGAAAGGCAAACUUCCCAGGCAAGGUUGGCUCUAUUUAUCGGUAAACUAUUGCUGCUUCCAUGCGCUCAUAUUGGGCAUCGAAACAAAACUCCGUUUCCGGUGGUCGGACGUAAUUGAUGUGGCGAAGACGAACAGUUUACUGUUCCCCGAUUCCAUAAAAGUUAGCACGCGCGACAAGGAUUACUACUUCAGCAUGUUCAUCAGGAAAAACGAUACAUUCAGCUUAAUGGAACAAUUGAUCGAUCUGGCUAUGAAAAGUUUGAUUGACGAUAAGAGGAGUUACAACGAAGACAAGGAUUUGCUGAACAAACUAAGCAAGAACGUUCCGAAGAAGGCGUCGUUCCUGAAGAGGGAUUUGGAUGCGAGGGUGCAGUCCGAGGCAUAUCGUGUCGUGUUCCGUCUACCCUCAAACGAGAAACUAGACGGCUGCAUCGAUUGCACCCUGCUCACGCCGUUCAAUAAAAAACACGUCGUGGGACGUUUGUUUUUAUCGCAGAAUUACAUUUGCUUUGAUAGCCGGGUAAGAGUGAAGGAAUUAGUUAGCCUGGUGCUGCCGCUACGGGACGUUAAGCUCGUGGAGAAGAUUGAGAAUAACGCGACGAACAGUUCGCUGGAGAAGGCUAUCAUCAUAACUUGCGCGAAUAAAAUCAACAAGAGCAACUUCCUGUUUGCGCAAAUCUCCGAUCGCGACUUCUUGGUCGACAAAAUCUCCGAGUUGUUAAGCAGAACCAACGCGAGCAUGAAUGAGGGAUUAAAUGGGGCUGGUGAUGAGAAUCAAUUGUCUGCGGGUAGCGGCGAUCAAUGGAAAUGCGAGCCGCCUCUGAUGACUCUAUUCCCGUUGGACGUCAUUCCUCAGGUGGCCAAGGAUCAAGAGAAAAAGGAAAAGGAAUGGGAGCUGCACUUCAAUAUUUAUGGUCGCGGUAUUUCCAUGUACAAAACCACAGAAGUUGCAAAAUUGGUACUGGAAGGAAUUCCGGAUAAGCUUAGGAUGGACAUUUGGAUGUCUUUCUCAGGUGCUGCCAAUAAGAAGUCUAUGAAUCACGGCUAUUACCGUAAGAUGGUGGAUAAGGCUUUGGUACAGCAUUCGACGGCGAACGAGGAGAUCGAAAGAGAUUUACAUCGCUCCUUGCCGGAACAUCCAGCUUUCCAGAACAAAGUUGGUAUAAACGCUCUUCGUCGUAUUUUGUGUGCAUACGCGUUGCGUAAUCCAAAUAUCGGAUAUUGCCAGGCCAUGAAUAUCGUGGCUUCUGUACUGCUGAUCUACUGCUCGGAAGAGGAGGCCUUCUGGCUACUCACCACACUCUGUGAGAAUCUUCUGCCCGAUUAUUACAACACACGGGUUAUCGGGGCGAUGGUCGACCAAGGCAUCCUCGAAAUCCUGAUCGCCGAGUACUUGCCAAAUUUGCACGUGAAAAUCCAGCAUCUAGGUAUGAUCAAAAUGAUCUCGUUAUCGUGGUUCUUGACCAUAUUCCUCUGCGUCAUGCCGUAUGAGAGUGCAGUAAACGUGGUAGAUUGUUUCUUCUAUGACGGUGCCAAAGUCAUAUUCAUGACUGCCCUCAUGAUACUGAAUUGGAACGAGGAAGAUUUGCUCAAAUGUAAAGACGAGGGGGAGGCCAUGCAAAUCCUCGCAGACUACCUCAGCGGAGUCUACAACGACGAAGGCAGAGGCUCUAUCCGAAACAAAAGCUACGAUGAUCAAAAGAGGAAAAUGUCGAUACAGACGUUGAUCUAUCAAGCUUACACGAAAUACGGUUACAUAAGUACCGGGCAAAUCGAGCAGCUAAGGUUAAAGCAGCGUUUGAAGGUGGUUCAAGAGAUGGAGGAUAAUUCAGAAAAGAAUAUUAUUCGUUGCAUAAUAGGAGAUGGCUACCUUUCAACGGUGGAAUUAAAAGAUUUGCUGAGUAUUGUUAGGGAGGAGAUUCUAAGUCAAAAGCAGCCGAUGCCAGAGAAAUACGAUCCAUCGCAGCAACCCUACGAAUAUUACCAAGUGGAAUUCGAGUACUUCAAAUUGCUAUUCGCCGCGCUUUCGCCUUGGGGUAAAGGUGACCAAUCCGAGUUCAUCGCUGAACGGAUCUUCAUCUUGUUCGAUGAAAACAAGGACGGCUAUUUAAAUUUCAAAGAAUUGGUUUUGGCUAUUUCGCUGACUGCAACGGCAGAUCCGGCGCAGAGGUUGAAACUCCUAUAUACCAUCCACUUACCUCCGAUUCUCCGAACUGUCGACAUGGAAUCGCCUAAAAGGAAUGAGGCUGGCGCCGAGAUUGCAUCGGAAGCCACCGAUUUCUUCGAUAGCAUCGAGGCCGACGAGCUGAGCGUCGCAGUCGAAUCCGCUCCGAGCUACUCUUUCCAGAAAUCGUUUGAAUCGCAAGCUUCGAUCGACAGUCAAACCGAAUCAAUCGGAGAAAGCAAGAGUCUGAGCAAUCUCAGAAACUUGGUUCUAUCGAAGGACGGCAAAUUCAAUAUGAAAACUGUACCGAAAAUGACACAGCCGCACUUCGUCACGCUCUGGAAGAACGUUUACGAAAUAUUCCAGUUCCAACAGGAACAAGAAACUUUCCAUGCCAUAGCUGAGGUCGGAACGCUUCUGUUCGGUAUGGGCGACGUCAGUAAGAAGUUUUUCAUAAAUAGGGACGAGUCGGAGGAUUCUUUGGCAGCAGCAGCGGCCGCCUGCAAUUCCUCCACGUACCUGGACGUAUCCCCCGACAAAAAUGGAAAUCCUCAAACGCCGUCCGAGAUCCUCCAAUGGUACAUAACAGUGGAUCAAUUUCUGGCUUCAGUGUUGAACUCUCGACCACUCGUCGAGUUCUUCUCGACGCGCGCCAACAUUUCCGAAGGCAUCGAGCAUUUCAAGAACCGUAGAUUCAGUAGAUUGCAUAGCCUGUAAAACAAAUAAACCUUUUUACUAUUUUUUAUUUACAAUGUUAACCAUUCCGCAGGAUUUGCUUGUUUACACAACAUAUUUAA